CAAUUUCAAGUUUGCGAACGAAAUGACCUUUUUGAGUUUUUUAGUUCUAAAUUAGCUUGCUACAUUUAAAAUUCAUCUGUGUUAUAUAUGUCGAUUUGUUUGCGUAAAAUUAGCUUAUGUUUUCAGCGUUUAUCAUUAAAAGGAUUCGUACUCACCAAGCCUGAUUUGCAUCAAAACAGAAAUUUAGCAGCUGCAGUAAUGUCCAAGUCAGCUCUAGUUAUUUUGGCUCAAGGAAGUGAGGAAAUGGAGACAGUCAUAACUGUAGACAUGCUAAGAAGGGGAGGGGUGACUGUUACUGUGGCGGGUUUAGAUGGGAACGCACCAGUGUUAUGCUCGAGACAGGUUACUCUGGUGCCUGAUAAGUCGCUUACUGAUGCAUUAGCUGAAAAAUCUCAAUAUGAUGCGGUUAUUUUACCUGGAGGGCUAGAAGGAUCUGAGCGGUUUUGCAAAUCAAGUGUAGUAGCAGCUGUUCUGAAAGACCAUGAGAGUGGUGGGAAAAUUGUUGCAGCUAUUUGUGCAGCCCCUACAGCUUUUGUAGCCCAUGGUGUUGCCAAGGGCAAAAAAAUUACUUCAUAUCCAACCACCAAAGACAAGAUCUCUGCUGACUAUCAAUAUGUGGAGGGUGAGAGGGUGGUUGUAGAUGGCAAUAUUGUAACUAGCCGAGGUCCAGGUACAGCUUACUGGUUUGGACUGAAGUUGAUUGAGAUGUUGACUGGUAAGGAUAAGGCUGAUCAAGUUGAGAAGGGCAUGCUCAUUUCUGGUUACUAGUGUUUUAUUACCUUGGGAAAAACAAUGGUUGGAUGUUAUAAAUACGAAAAAAUAUUUCAAACGAUUUGGGCUCAUAAUAUAAGUUUACUCACAACCAGUCUGUAGUUUGUAAAAUAAAAUAUUGAAAAGUUUUGCUGAAUAAUUAUUAAAAGUGAAAUGUAAUUUCACGAUAAGCAGAAAUAAAGAUUUACUAUUUAUAUUA